AAAUUACACCCUCAACCAACAACAGUAGCCGUUGGUACUUCUUUUUUAGUUCAGUAUCUAUCUAUCUCCCCACCAACCACCACCACCACCACCAUUUUUACUUCUUCAAAUUAGGGUUUUACUAUUAUACUUACAAUAAAAUACACAAACAAUGGCGGCAAUGGUUUCAACUUCACUCUCCGCCGGCCCUAAGUCACAACAACUCUCCGCCACCGCUCCUCCGCCUCUUUUCUCCGGCCUCCGCCGCUCCUCCGCCGCAACUCAAUCCUUCUUUCAAUCCGUUAAUUCUCACUUACGUCUCUCUUCCUCCACUUCUUCUCGUCCUUCUACAGCCAUCCUUGCCAUGGCCGGCACCGGCAAGUUCUUUGUUGGCGGAAACUGGAAAUGUAAUGGAACAAAAGAUUCUAUCAAGCAACUAGUCUCAGACUUGAACAGUGCAACAUUGGAGCCUGAUGUUGAUGUUGUUGUGGGCCCCCCUUUUAUUUAUAUUGAUCAAGUAAAGAGCUCUUUAACUGAUCGCAUUGAGAUAGCUGCUCAAAAUUCUUGGAUUGGUAAAGGUGGAGCAUUUACUGGAGAGAUCAGUGCGGAGCAACUAAAAGAUAUUGGAUGCAAGUGGGUAAUUCUUGGGCAUUCUGAGAGGAGACAUGUGAUUGGGGAAAACGAUGAGUUUAUAGGUAAGAAGGCUGCCUAUGCAUUGGGACAGAAUCUUGGAGUAAUUGCUUGCAUCGGAGAACUGUUGGAAGAAAGAGAAGCAGGCAAAACAUUUGAUGUAUGUUUCAAGCAAUUGAAAGCAUAUGCAGAUGCUGUGUCCAGUUGGGAUGACAUUGUAAUUGCAUAUGAACCGGUAUGGGCUAUUGGAACUGGUAAAGUGGCUUCACCCGAGCAGGCUCAGGAAGUACAUGUUGCUGUUCGUGACUGGCUUGCUAAAAAUGUAUCGACCGAAGUUGCUUCUAAAACACGUAUCAUCUAUGGAGGGUCUGUAAAUGCAGGCAACUCGGCUGACCUGGCCAAAAAAGAAGACAUCGAUGGAUUUCUCGUCGGUGGUGCUUCUUUGAAGGGUUCUGAUUUUGCAACCAUCAUUAAUUCUGUGACGGCCAAAAAAGUUGCUGCUUGAUCAUCCAGUCGCAUAUGGUUUUGGAUUGGGAGGAAGUAAGUACCUUAGAGUGUAUCAUGUUAGUUGAGGUCCUAUUGGCAUGUGAGCCACUUCAGUUUAGCGGAUUUCGUUUCACUCCGCCUUCAAAAUGGAUAAACUACACUUCAGUACGCACAAUGUGCAUUUCCCUUUAUACAAGAUUUGUAAUAGAUAUAAUCACCCCAAAUCCACAUGUCUUUUGGUUAUAACUUACAAAUCAUGCAAUAAAGUUAAUAAGAAGAGAAAUGAUUUUUCCUCCUAAAAA